UGGGGUAGAAUGGGAAGAGGUACGCUCCUAAGUUCUCAAGCACUUCUCAAAUAAAUUGUUUUCUAAGUGGCUCUGUGAUGUUCUAUCACAGUCUCCCUCUAAUGUCAUAGGGGGAGAAGAUAGAUUGAAAGGCAGAGAGAGAGAGCGAGAGAGAGUAAAGAUCGAAGACGGGACAGAGAGGUAUCGGUACACAGUCUCACAAAGGACAAAGAAGGUAUCACCAUUUCAAGAUCCGCAUCUGAUGCUCCAACAUGGCCGCUUCCACUCUGUUGAUGUUGCUGAUAGUGGCCGCCAUGGCAACCGUGGCACAGGCAGCUGCCGACGAGAAUGAAUUGGAGUACGGGUUCUGGAAUUACAGAGAGGGAGCCGACAGUGUGAACGUGGCCGCGGUGCGGAGUGUGACCCGCGUGCUGGACGCCUGGGGCAAGCGGAUCUUUAAUGAGAUCAAGACCCUGGUGCACUCCCAGCCCAGCGCCCUGCUGCCAGACUACUCCCGGGUGCGCCCUCUCUCCGAGUCAGUGAACGACCUGUUCCGAGAAGUCUCCCUUCUACACAAGCGCAUCACAGAGCUCACCCAUCGCCUAGCAACCCUAGAACCGUUCCUUCGUCGCCACGGCUACAGGGAGGCGGGGGAGGAAGCAGGGGACGCCAAGGCUCUUGCUCCCCAAAGCAUGCGUGGGGAGGUGACUAGGCUGGCCCGGUACCCCGUGAGAGAGCGGCAGAGCGCUGCGCGAGCGACCCCCUUGCGGGGGAGCCGUGUGUUGAGUAGGAGGAAAGUUCGAGUGCUGAAGCACGGGGGUGUGCGCGUGCUCCAGAGUGAGAGGUAAACCGAUCGAUAGCCGGCCGGCUGUCGGAGGAGGAGGAACGGGGGAAGUUGGGAAAUGGGACGGCUGAUAAAAAUGCAAAAUAUAUGUCUGUGGUCAAUGGCCUAUAUUAUGCAAUUUGAUGUUUGAUAUGUUUGUAGUGGAGGAUAAUCUUUCGAAUCUGCAGGAACCGGUCAGAGAAUGAAUUUAGGGGGGAGCUGUAGGCCUAUGUCAUCAGUAAUAAACUGUUGAAAAACGGGUGACACGUGUCUGCUUGUAUUCAU